UUGAAAAUAAUCAAAACAGUGCAACUUUACUCAAACUUUGGGAACUUUGUGGAUGCAAGAAAUCUUUUUCUUCACUCGGAAUAUGCAAUCACGUCUUGUCGAAAUCAAUCACUCAAGGGGAACAAUAGCCGUUACCAAGUGGCGUCAUAUUGUCACGUGACUGUGCUGGUUCCUAAGAGAAUUUCUUCGGCGCUGAACAACGAUUCUUGUUUGGCUCUCAACUUGCUUUCCGAGUUCUCAAAUCAUGUCCUCCAACAACGAUCAUGUAGACCCACCUCCACCAUACCCUGGAGUGUCAAACCAAGCGUUUGAACCUGGUACAGCUUACUAUCAGGCCGGGCCUGCUGCGCCCCCUCCGUACAAGGUGUCUGAAACGCAAGCCCCAGUACUUGAAGGUAACAAUGCGGAAAGAAACCCCCUCACCUUCAGCACUCAUGGUUCUGCCGGGAACUACUCUCACUCAUCAGUUGUGAUUUCGCAGCCUCAAAUGCCAGCCAUCCAGACUUUUCAGGAUAUUCCAGUGCGUUGUGUCUGCCCCCACUGUCAGGCGGAAAUCUUGACGGCAACGCACUAUGACAAUGGCACAAUGACGUGGGUUGUGUGCUGUGUCUUGUGUUCAUUUGGACUGGCGUGUGGCUGUUGCCUGAUUCCGUUCUUCUCCAACAGUGCCAAAGAUGUGGUGCACACAUGUCCCAACUGCAAGCAGCUCAUUUCUCGCUUUGAGAGACUUCGUCCUAUCCCACCGAGAAGUUAUUAUCUUCGCAAUGCCGCGAAUGUCCCUCAGAGGUUGUCCUGACCAUAGUCGCGGACGUUGCUUUUUUGAGCAUGUGCAUAAUUGGAUGGGAUAUAAUUUAUAAUGUUAUGAAGUACAGAACGAUCUGUAUUUAUGCUUCAUAUAUUAUUCAAAGGCGUUCGAUAAAGUUAGACAUGAUGAGCUAUUUCAAAUAUUGGGAGAACUAGACAUAGAUGGAAAAGAUCUUAGAUUUAGCAGGACCGUUGUCCUUCGGAUUCAUCCUGUCGGCAUCCGUGCUCGUUCAGUCGUCAUUCGAUUUCUCGAAGUUUUUUCGAAGUUCAACCGUUCUGGACACAUACACGCGCACACACACGCGCGCACACACACACACACACACACACACACACACACACACACACACACACACACACACACACACACACAGGAGAGCUGCCACUACAGGAAAAAGAAGUGACAUCCAAGUCCAAGUCAAGAGUUCUCCCGGCUGUCUUUCAGCCACACCCCUGAUCCUAUGGU